AUGCUACAAGCGCAGAGCCAGCACGUCUUCUCUCACCAGCAUCAGUACCCUCAGGCUGAUCCCUCGUGGUUGCAGCAUCAGCAGCAGCAACAGCAGCAACAACAACAGCAGCAGCAGCAGCAGCAGCACCACCAGGCUCAGCCGCACCCUCAGCACCAGCAGCAGCAUGCCUCCCUGGUCGCCCAGCAGCACGCUCAGGUCCAAGCUGCCGCCGCCGCGGCGCAGCAGCAACACUACGGUCGCCUUGCCAUGAAUAGCAACGGCGCCGCGAACCCUGCGCAGGGUGCUGGAGCCGUCGGCGGAAUGGGUGGAGAGGGCCUUGCAAAUGCGGUCUCCGUCAUGGAUGGCGGUAUCAGUGAGGAGAAUCGCAAGGUGUUUAUCUGGGUGGCAGAACUCUUGGAUCCGGCUCGCCGAGAGGCAGCGUUGAUGGAGCUUAGCAAGAAGCGGGAGCAGGUUCCCGAACUGGCUCUCGUCAUCUGGCAUUCGUUCGGUGUCAUGACUGCUCUUCUCCAGGAAAUCAUCUCUGUCUAUCCUCUUCUGAACCCUUCUCAGUUGACUGCCGCGGCGUCAAAUCGAGUCUGCAAUGCGCUGGCGCUCCUGCAGUGCGUCGCAUCCCACAAUGAGACUCGCACUCUCUUUCUGAAUGCUCAUAUCCCCUUGUUCCUCUAUCCCUUUCUGAACACGACCUCCAAAUCCCGCCCGUUCGAGUACCUCCGUCUCACAUCCCUGGGCGUCAUCGGAGCACUGGUGAAGAAUGACUCGUCGGACGUUAUCAACUUCCUCCUUACCACCGAGAUCAUCCCCCUCUGUCUCCGCAUCAUGGAGACCGGCUCGGAACUUAGCAAGACCGUUGCCAUUUUCAUUGUGCAGAAGAUUCUUCUUGAUGACAUCGGCUUGGCGUACAUUUGUGCGACAUACGAGCGAUUCUAUGCUGUUGGCACUGUCCUCAGCAACAUGGUCACUCAACUGGUCGAGCAGCAGACCGUCCGACUGCUCAAGCACGUCGUGCGCUGCUUCCUUCGUCUCAGCGACAACAGCCGGGCCCGCGAGGCUUUGCGGCAAUGUCUCCCCGAACCCCUCCGUGAUGCGACCUUCUCAUCGGUCCUCCGCGACGAUGCAGCCACCAAGCGCUGUCUGGCCCAGCUCCUAAUCAACCUGUCGGACAAUGUCUCCGACGGAGCCUCGGCGGCCAUGUAA